GACAAAUUUUAUAAGAAUUUCGGACUCGAACGCAAACGAAUCGUUGCCCUAAUCCCGGCGAGAAAUGUCUUUGGUGCCCACCACAUAUCGCGAUCUAGCGCGUGAAUUUGAUCGACCACGUCCACGCUACCAACCACCGUAUGAUUUCCAACUUUAUCCGUAUUUGUGGGACGAUCCGCGAGUCUGGUGGCCAGCACAUCAUACCAACAGGAGUGAGUUUUUCCGACCCCUGGAUGAACUGGUGACGCGACGCGUGAAGAAUCAGUUGAUCCAAUCGACGCCCUACGAAUGGGUCUAUCCCAUGAGGUGGGAUAACUAUUAUUCCGGCGAGAGAGUCCACGUGGAUGAGAAGGGAUUCCGGAUUGACAUAGAUGUCCGGCAGUUUCAUCCCCACGAAAUUGUGGUCAAGACCAACGACGACUAUGUCAUCGUCCAGGGCAAUCACAAUCGCCGGGACGAAGGCUCCAAUGGACUGGUGGAAAGGCACUUUGUGAGGAAGUACCUCCUACCCCGCGGUUACAACGCCAACGAGGUCAUUUCGGAUAUAUCCAGCGAUGGAAUUCUCACCAUCAAGGCUCCACCUCCUCCGCCAGCCAAGUACUAUACUCCCGGGGAGCGAUUGGUCCGAGUCCAUGAAACCGGAAAGCUGGCCCUGCCCUGGAAAUAGAUGAUCUUUUCAAAACCAGGAAGGCAAACAGUGAAUGUUUAGCAAACCAAAAAUGCCACCACCCAUCAAAAGCGCCUAACUCAAGGUGAACUAUUUUCGGACGGCAAGCAAGUGCAACCGAACAUUGGAUUUAAAUUGGAUUCAAACAUAAAUAAAAUAUAAAUUGUACUACUCGUAGGUAAUAUAUAAAAUGCGCAAUAAA